GGCUCUUUGCUUCCUCCCCUGCCCGGAGCUCGCAGGAGCUCGCCUGGAGGAUGUCUCACCCCCUCGGCACAGGUGUCACUGCUGGGAGAAAACUCGUGCUGUGCCCUGCUGCUGUGGUGAGCUCGGAGCAUGUUGCUGAGGGUCAGCCCCAGGCGGUUUCUGGAGCAUCACCUUCUCUUUGUGGAGAACGCAGAGCAGCAGCAGCACCCGGCGCAGAAACCGCUCCCGAAUCCAUCCAUGACUGAGGAACAACCCUCCGUCCCAACCGAGCCAGACCUGCCCUCCUCCAACCUCACCAACGCCACGGACUGCGGCGAGGAGAUCCUGCUCUAUGGGGACACCGAGAAGAUCGUCAUCGGAGCUGUGCUCUCCAUCAUCAUCCUCAUGACCAUCGCUGGCAACGGGCUGGUCAUCAUCUCCGUGUGCAUCGUCAAGAAGCUCCGGCAGCCCUCCAACUACCUGGUGGUGUCCCUGGCGGCCGCUGACCUGUCGGUGGCCUUCGCCGUCAUGCCCUUCGUCACCAUCACAGACCUGGUGGGGGGAGAGUGGCUCUUUGGGAAGGUAUUUUGCAAUGUGUUCAUCGCCAUGGACGUUAUGUGCUGCACCGCCUCCAUCAUGACCUUGUGCAUCAUCAGUGUGGACAGGUACCUGGGGAUCACUCGGCCACUGACAUACCCUGUGAGACAAAACGGGAAGCUGAUGGCCAAGAUGGUCUUCAUCGUCUGGCUCCUCUCUGCCUCCAUCACUCUUCCUCCUCUUUUUGGCUGGGCCAAGAAUGUCACCGUGGAAAGAGUCUGUCUCAUCAGCCAGGACUUCGGCUACACAGUCUACUCCACGGGGGUUGCCUUCUACAUCCCCAUGGCGGUCAUGCUCGUCAUGUACAGCCGGAUCUACAAAGCAGCCAAGGUCAGCGCCGAGAAGCAUCGCUUCAUGAACUUCCCCAAGCACUAUGAAGAGGAAGGUGUCUAUUGCCUCGAGGCCUCCAGCCGGAGCCACCACAGCUCCAAGCGCACCAAGGCGGUGGAGGAGUGCGCCACGCUCUCCAAACUGCUCCGGCAAGACCGAAAGAACAUUUCCAUCUUCAAACGGGAGCAGAAAGCAGCCAGGACCCUCGGCAUUAUCGUGGGGGCAUUCACCUUUUGCUGGCUUCCCUUCUUCCUGAUGUCAACAGCUCGGCCUUUCAUCUGUGGCAUUCGCUGCAGCUGCAUGCCCCUGAGACUGGAGAGGACUCUGCUCUGGCUAGGAUACACCAACUCCCUCAUCAACCCUUUGAUUUAUGCUUUCUUUAACCGAGACUUGAGGACUACUUUCUGGAACCUCCUGAGGUGCAGGUACAGGAACAUCAACAGGAGACUCUCCGCCGCCAGCAUGCAUGAGGCCCUGAAAGCCACAGAGAGGCAUGAAUGCAUCCUGUAGAGCCAUGUCCUCUCACUCAGUGCCUGACCAACGAAUCCCUGCCUCUUCAUUUCAGGUUCCUUGCUUCUCUUGCCUCCUGGGGCUGGUGGAAACCAUGCGUGCCAUCGUCCCCCCUGCCACCGCUGAGAAUGACAUCCCUUUCCCUUGCCCUUGGAGAAGCUGAGGUUCUCCUCACAUUGGGAACAAAGUAGGCAGCCCUUACUUCUCACCAUGUCCCAAGUGGGAGCUGAAAAGCUGUGAGCAAGACUGGGGGGGUUCAAGGUCUGCCACCGACUGAGGGCAAGUCACACCACCUUUCUGUGCCUCAGUUUCCCUGCCUGUUAAAAGGAAAAGAAACCCUCCCAACCAACCAAAAAACUCCUAAAAACUUUAUCAGACUGUGUCUCUCCACCUUCAAAAAGGGCUCCAAGGUCUGUGGAGGGCACACAAUAGACUAUGUAAAGAUGACAUUGGCUGUACUUCUCUAUCGAAUAUGGCAGCAGCUAUAGGCUCUGUUGUAGAUUCAAGUACCUGUGCCAUCCCAGCUUAUACGAACUCUUUCCACCUAUGUAACUGCAUUUUACACGCUGAGCUCAUGUCCGGGUUUGCAUGUCAGAGCAGUAAUACCAAUGACCCCGUUUCCCCUCACACUGUAGCACUGCAGCACUUGAAAGAAGCACGCUUGCAGAAUGGAACACAACUGAACAUGAAGCUUCCUUUAUGGUUGGAUAGGAAAGUCUGACGGCCUCCUCAUCAGGGCAAUGACAGUGAUGUUUAUUGGGUUGUAUGGUAAUUCAUUCUCGGACAAGUGAUGUGUGUUCAUAAUUCGUGGCUAAUUGACUCCAUAAAAGCACGCUUUGGUUGACAACA